AUGGCAGACAGGGAUUCCUCAUCAACGCCCGCGCGCUCCUUUCGCGUCCGCGCGUGUGACAAUUGCCGACUCCGAAAGAUCAAAUGCGACAAAGCGGCGCCUUGCUCCAGCUGCAAUGCGCUAGGGAUCUCAUGCAGCGCGGGAGGAACGACGCCCGUCGCUCCAGCUGUCGCUGUCUCUGCUGCAGUCUCCACAACUGCAGAGCCUCGAGUCCAGGAUGAUGAGUACGAGCAACGAUUCCAGACUAUCCAAGCUCAGCUGAAUUCCAUCCAGCAGGCGCUAGCACAAAUCGCGCGGACGUCUCCGACUCCGGUUCCAGCUUCAACUUCGACUGCGACAUCAGCUUCGGCUUCCGCUUUGGCGCCGCCUCCGGCGUUGACCGUGUCCACUCCUGCGUCUUCUGGUCAAACGGUGCCGCCGUUCGAAGGGCAGUCCUCGUUCCACCACGAGACGCUUGUGGCCAGGGAUGCGGCCCUCUCGGCUGUUGUUGCGGCCCGCGGGGAACUGAAUGAUCAGGUAUCAUCUGCGUUGCUGUCGCUGAAGGAUAGUUUGGACAGCCAUAUGCCCACAGCAGAGAAGUCCUCACCGUCGUCCGAGGCCCGUGCUCGAGAACCGCUACUUCCUGUGGAUCUUGUUGUUGCGGUGGUGAAGAAAGUCAAGGGUACGCACUUCCUUCGCCCCGACUUCGUGCAGCCUCCAUUCUACCUCGUCAGCCAGUCUUGGAAAGACCCCCGACAGCUCGAAUCCCUCUGCCAAUCGAUCUACUUCCCCCUCGAGCCAAUUCCCGCUGGCUCUACUACACUGCUGCACGGGUUGCUGUAUUAUAUUAUCCGCGAUUACAUGCACGAAGGAGACCCCGAUUUUGCGCGCUUUGAUCUCCCGUCGAGUAAAUCUUUCUGUGAGCAACAAUUUUCCGCCGGCCUUGACCAUCCGCAAAUGCUAUCCGAUCCGACGCUUGAAAAAGUACAAGCUCUGUUAAUCGGAACUACAAAAGCGCAAGAAGAAUCCAACGUCCAGCGGUGCUGGACAUACCUCUCUCUCGCCUUCAACAUGUGCCAAAUGCUAGGCCUCCACCGCAACGCAACCACUCAAGCCGAUCCUUUCGCCCUGGCGGAGUCCAAACGCCAUGCCUUUUGGUCGUUGUAUACAGUCGAUAAGAAUGUCUCGCUGAACAUCGGGGUGACCUCCCACUUCCAAGACCACGAUAUCGACACAGCUCUAUACUCACCGUCAGCAGACGAAAAGCAGCACUCUUGGGACCUGAUCAAUCUCAUGACCGUUGAGUUCGCAACGAUCCAGGGAAAGGUCUACGACCAGCUUUAUUCGAUCUCUGCAAUGCGGAUAACCGAGGAGGACAAGUUGGAACGGAUCACGGCUUUAUCAGCAGACUUGAUGGCCGUUAGGAAUAGACUACUUGAGAUCAACGUCAGCCCAAACCUCCUCUACGCCGACUCCCUCCACGGCAUGACCGCCUGCGCAGACUUCAUCGCCUACUCCGUAUUAACCGUAAUCUACCGCGCCCAAACACAGACACAAACACAACCCCAAAGCCAACCCCGGACCCGCACCCCAACAAUGGCCAUCUCCUCACAAUGCUACGAAGCCGCCCGUCUAGCCCUGCACAGCCACCUAAAAGCAAUAACCUACUUCCGCGACCUAAAGGCCCACAAGCAAGCCGAAUACGUGAACUCAAUCCUCCUCUACCCCUCCUUCACCCCCUUCAUCAUCGUCUUCACACACGCAAUAACAACCUCCUCGCGCCCCGACCUCACCCUCCUAAACGAAACAGUCCGCAGCCUCGACCUCAUCAAGCGCGUCUCCCACUCCGCCGCACAUCUCCACUCCAUCUGCGCGAGUUUCGCCCGCGCCGCGGCGGUCCUCGUUACGUCGGGACAGCCGCUUACGGGUCUUGCGGCGAGGCAGGAUGGGAGUCUUGUUGUGGCGGUUUCGAGUGCUGGUUCUCGGGAGGGUGGCGCUGGGGCUGGUGCGGGUGCGGUGGGAAUGGGCAAUGGCAAUGGGACGGGAGGAGAUAUUUCGUUGCCGGAUGUGAAUUUGAAUUGGCCGGAGGAUUUGUUUGGGGGUCAGGGUCUGGGUGUUCUUGAUGGGGAGCAUCAGGGACAGGGACCUGGGGAAUUCGAUAUUGAUAUUGGGAUGUUCUUGAAUGAUUUUAUUGGGACGGGACGCUCGGCUGUGGAGAUUUUGAGGGGGGGUGUUGGCGGUGCAGGGCGGUUUGCAUAG